GUGUUGUGGAAAACACGAAGAAAGAAAGACAAAGAUAUAGUUCAGAAACGACAACUUCAUGUCACAUUCGUUGUGUAUUACACGCAUAUAUUGUUAGUAUAUUGAUUACAGGUGAUGACGUACGCACAUCACGCAAGGAACCGCAUCACGGUGGUCUGGAAUGACUUCUAUCAAUGCCCCGUAAAGCCUCAAAGACUGAGAAGCCUCCCCUGCUAUUCCUGGAGCGGCCUCUAGGUGGAGCCAGACUCCAAAAAGGCCCCGAAGUCCGAACAGCUGUCAACCCAAAAGACUUUUUCACAGAGACACAAGCACACAGCAGCUCAGCUCUUCAUUCAUGGGUAAGCCCACAGUUUGACACUUCAGCUGCAGCCGCACUUCCAGUGAGACGAGGGAGGAGGAAAUGCCAGUCGACCACGAGCAUCCUCGAUCGCUCCAGUCAGCUGUCCAGGAAAAGCAGCGUGUGCAAAUUCCCCUCGUUAUCGUUUCAGGCAAGGUCAAGAGACCAGUCUCUGAAAACAAGGACUGCACGCACAAAGAAAACUACAGCCACAGCGUCUGCUGCUGUUUCUGGUGCAGGAAAUCAGCCACGUGGGUCACGUCAACUCAAAAAGCCUGUGUCGUGUGCACAGAUCAUCGAUACACCGAAGAGACAGUCGGCCUCAGUCAGAAGACGGGAUGAGGAGAAAUCUUCUGUGUCCUCCAGAAGAUGUUGUGACCAACCUAAAACUUCAUCCCUUCAAGGGGAGAGAAGUGGACUUCUGUCAGACGGUGCUUCAACACCUGUCUCCACUGAGUUUAGCAGUGUCUGUCUGCCACCUGAUGUGGACACUCCAGAACUGAUGCAAGAUGGCAGAAGUCAUCCCUCCUCUCCCACUUUGCAUUUGCUAAUUGCUCAGCCAUGUAAUCAGCAAUCUGACAUUUUGGUGGCUGACUCACCAGAGAGAGACUAUGGCCUGAAAGUGACAUGGAGGAGGAGGAGGAGUCUGAUGUUGCUGCUGAAAGAACAAGGCCAUCUCUCUGAUUCAGACGUGCUUGUUCACAGCUUGAUGGACAACUGAUUGUCUCUGUCUUUUUUUUUUUUACAGUCGUUUAAAUGAACCGCAUCAUGAUGAGCCGCGGGUCUAAUGAGUUCUUGCCAAACAUCAAAUACUGAACAAAUCAUAAUUAUGUUGCAAAUCAGAGGCAUUCGCUCAUUUUCCAAUCUUGAUCUCCAGCAAAAUGAGUUGUCUGAUGAAUACUGUAAAUCAGGACUGUAGUCUAUCACAGAUAUCAUGUUGACAUAAGAAGAUGCUGCAGAAUACUGGUUGUUUUUGGCUAUGCUGCUAACAAUAAAAUGUUCAUGUAGAAACAGAAAAGGAAA